AUGGUCAUAUCACUGAGCUCACAAGAGACGCCUCCGAUUCUUUCCCUACAGCAAUCCCAACGUGCGCUUUCCCAAGUCGCCCGCGGCUUACUCAAGCUGCACUACUGCACACAACGAUACGAUGUACGCAAGUCCAGCCAUGGCCAUCAAUAUUUACGAAAGGACUUACGAGGAACCAUUGCCGUUUCUGCCCUGAUCCAGCGACCCAAUAAACGACAAAGGACCUCCAGCAUCAGCUCCUUCGAAUGGGACAUGUCCGACUAUCACUUCAAGCCUUCCUCGUGGUCAACGCCGCAAGAGAGCUUUGCCUUUAGUCCAGCACUCGCACCGCAAGAGGGUUCCGCGUCUCAGUGCUACACGGACUUCACGUCGCCACUGAUAGAUCCUCUUCUCGAGCCGCACUUCAGCACCGAGCACAUCGACCCGUGCCAACUGCCGCUUCCGCAUGAUGCUUACUAUGUUCCACCACCCCAGCAACAGACAUGGAUACCACCGCUUCUACCUACGACGACACAUCAAUAUCAGCAGCUGCUCAACGAUGAGUAUUUGGAGUGUCCAACAUUGUUUGACAUCCAAUGCCUCCCUGCGACCGGUUUCUCGCCGAUUCCACUCAGCUAUGAUCAUAGUGGCCAUGAAAGAAUCGCACGAGCAGGAUCUCUCGUCUCAGAAACCAGCUCAUCGCAAAGCUACGCCGUCUCGGGGUCCUCCCGCGGCGCCUCGCCGAGCGCCACGGAAAUGUCAAAAUGGGGCAAGAAGAACCUUUCCGGCACAUGGUCCUGUGCGUUCCCGGGAUGCACGUCCCGUUCGACCUUCAGUCGAGGCUGCGAUCUCCGCAAACACUACAAGCGGCAUUCCAAGACGCUCUUCUGCCGCCACGAUGGGUGUCCGCAAUCGACGGAAGGCGGCUUCUCGAGCAAGAAGGACCGCUCGCGGCACGAGGCGAAGCACAAUCCUGGUGUAACAAAGAUCAUGUUCGGCGUGUGCACAUGCGAAGUGUCUCGUGAAAAUGUGCUACCGUGCUACCGAGGUCGUGGCGUGAUGCACAUCCGUGAAUUCGGCCGUUCCCCUAGAUCGACGAACCUGGGCGAGAGCGGUACGGGCGAGCUGGUUCAAGAAUUCGGAGCCGAAACAGCGAUGAGGAGUCAUCUCGGCCAAAAGCGUGACACAUGA